AUGGAUUUCUUUUCAAGAGGUUAUACAGCACUCAGAGGCGAGCGUGGACAACCUCAGUCUGCAGACGAAACUAUUGAGAAACUCGCAGACUGUCUUGAAACUGCUACUUUACUAGAAGACAGACGCGCUGGUGUCUUGAGCUUAAAGGGUUUAGUGAGAGAUUGGCCAGAGGAAGUAGGAAACAAGAGUUUUCCUGGAUUAAUAAAAGUAUUGCAUACAGACUAUAAAGAUAUCGACAUUACAAAGUCACUUCUCGAGACUAUCACUAUUUUAUGUACUGUUCAACACCAGCAUGAUAAAGAUGAUAGAGGGUUCAAGUUUACAGAUUAUUUCAUUGAGGACUCUCGCAAUGUUACUAUUUUAUUGGAUAUUUUGGAAGAGUUUGAUUUUUAUGUGCGCUACAAUACAAUCAAACUAUUGUCUACCUUAUUGUCUAUCAGAAGUAAGCGUAUUCAAGAGUGUAUCUUAACAAACCCUAUGGGAAUUUCUCUUCUUGUGGAUAUGUUGGAUGAUAAAAGAGAUGUGAUUCGAAAUGAGGGCUUACUCUUGUUGAUUGGUUUGACUCGAAACAACACUGAAAUCCAAAAGAUUGUUACUUUCCAAGCAACUUUUGAAAAAUUGCUGGCUAUUAUUGAAGAACAGGAAGGCAUUUCAGGCGAUAUUAUUGUUCAGGAUAGUCUUACUUUGAUGCACAAUCUGUUAAGAUACAAUGUGUCUGAUCAAGUCUAUUUCCGCGAAACAAGUUGUAUUCAACAAAUCCCUGGGCUUUUAGGCUAUGUGGGUGACAGUGAAGCAGAUCAUGUUCCUUAUUCAUUUGAAGACUGGCCACCACAAAAAGUAGCCAAUACAGUUUUGGUGUUGCAGUUGAUUCGUAUCUUGACAGAGCCUGACAGUAGUAGCACACCUACAAAUCAGCGUGUGAUGGUUCAGAGUGGCAUUCUAUUACCUAUUAUUCAAUUGGGUCUUUGCUCAAACGCACCUUCCAUUGUGCGUACAGAAGCAUUGUACGCUAUCGCCUAUGUAGUUGCUGCUAACCCUGAAAACCAAAUGAUAUUUGGCAAAGUAGUAGUAGCAAGCCCACCUGUUUUCGCACAAGACGGUCAAGUAGACGUCAAUGUCGCGCCUGGUAUUCCUCGAGCUGCCAUUGUUUCCCUGAUUUCCAUUGCUGUCAGUCAUGAUGUUGGUGUUGCUUAUAGUUAUUCAAGUCGUGCUGCUGCUACUUUUGCUGUCUAUUCUUGUUUGGAAGAAAACCCGGAUGCACAGUUGGUAUUGGUAUCCACGCUCAAGACAACACCGCCUGGAGACAAUGCCAACAGUUCUUUUGCAGACAAACCCUAUUCUGCUGGAUCUCUUCUUUUGGAAGUGAUUGAAAACUGGGAGCAAUCCUUAUCUGAUCCUUACAAGGUUUGGUUUGCCUGUGAUGUCUUGUCUCAUGUUCUUCGAGGUAAUGAAAAAGCCAAACAUAUUGUCAACACGAUUGUGUUUGGUGAUGAAGCCAGUGGUGAAGAUCCAGUGCCCUUUAUGCAUCAGAUUGUAGCUCAAUUAUUAAUGUCCACUAAGAACCCCUCUACAAAUAUUCGUAUUCCUAUUGGUUAUUUGUGCUUGUUAUGUACCUGGCUCUACGAAAGUCCUAACUCUGUGAGCUUAUUUUUAUCUGAAAGCACACAUGUUCAAUUUUUGAUUCAAGAAAUGCAAUCGUCUACAAACGAUCCCACUGUGCAAGGUCUUGUUGCUUAUUUGUUAGGUAUCACAUACGAAUACAAUGAUGAUCCUUCUGCGCCAUUGAAUCGAGCAAAACUUCAAGGCAUUUACUCGAGUCGUUUAGACCAAUUCAACAGUUUAUUGGCUCGUCUUCGUGAUAGUCCUGCUGUCAAGAAUGCGCCUCAAUAUCUGCAAAUAUCUGCGGAAGAUGAGUCUGUUUCUAAUGCUACACACUCUUUACCUUCAUUAAUAUUGGACAAUGUCUUUGUGGAUCAAUUCAAAUCGACUUAUGAGCACAUUCAAAAGUCUAUUAAGAAGAAACCCACGUCAUUUAAUCGACUCGAGAGCAGAACAAAUUCACCUGCACCUUCUAGCCCUGUUGUCUCGGAUGAGGUCAUCCAAGUCUACAAGAACACAAUUGAAGAAAAAUCGAAUCAGAUCAAGUCUCUUGAAGAAAAAGUAGCUGAAUUAGAAACAUCUUUGCAAUCUUUUAGAUCUACAGAUGAAUUGAUCAGAAACGAGUUAAAGACUGCAGCUACUGAGAACACAACCUUGAAGGAACGAAUUUCUGAAUUGGAAUCUAAACUGAAAGAGACAGAGUCUAAAUUGAUAGCAGCUCCUGCUAUGAACGAAGAGCAAACUGCAAAAAUCAAUGCCUUAGAAAAACAAUUGGCUGAUGAGAAAACGAAAUAUACUGAUCUGGAAAAGGAGCAAGAAGACUUGCUUGUGUGCAUGGGUGAACAAGAUUUGGAUAUCAAAAAGUAUAAAAAGAGAUUAAGAGAAUUAGGUGAAGCUGUUACUGAUAGUGAAGACGAAGAAGAAUAA